UUUCUUGCGGCCCCAGCUUUGAGAUUUUUUGUAAACAACAACAGCAUGUUUUUAACAUGUUUUUAACUUUACUUUAAUAAUAACAAUAAUUGGAACUUUAUUAAACUUUAAAGGCACAAAAGUUGGAGUUAUCAUUGCAAAUAAUUGAGAUAUAAUCUACUGAAAAAUGGCUCACCGAUAUUUCGAAGGAAAGGUCCACGCUAUGUUGUAUGCGAAGUAUCGUACAGUUCCUCCCUCGGCCUUAAUUCAACGGAUGAUUUCAUUCCUUAAAGAAAAAUACAAGGGACCAUUAGACUUGGCGUAUGACGUAGGAUGCGGGAGUGGUCAGAGCACGGGAUUUUUAGCACCUUACUUUAAACGAGUGGUUGGCACUGAUAUAAGUGCCUCACAGAUUGAACAGGCUGAAAAUAAAUCUACAGAUAAAAACGUUACUUAUAUAGUGAGUCCUGCAGAAAAUAUACCUGAAAAGGACAAAACCGUACAGAUGAUAUCGGUUUCACAGGCUGCCCACUGGUUUGACCUUCCAAAGUUUUAUGAUGAAGGAAAAAGGGUGCUCACACCAGGAGGAGUUUGCUGUCUGUAUGGUUAUGAAUUUCCAAGAUUUCGGUGGGACAAGGACCCCAGUUUAAAUUCCUCCUUGGACGAGGCACUUGACCAGUUUUACUGGGAUGAGCUUAAAGAGUAUGUCAUGCAAGGUAGCAGAGAGGUGUACCUAAACAAAUACGAAUUGCCGAAAUAUGUCCCCAAUUUUGCUUCGGAAUUUAUCAGGGAUGACACUUUAUAUCACGAGAUGCCAACUUCUGUGUCGGACAUUGUUAACUACUGCUUCACGUGGUCAGGAUAUCAAAAUUUUGUAAAGCAACACGGUGAAAAUGAAGGAAUUAAACUAUUAGCCAAAUUUCAAGAUAGGAUUUUACGUUCCUUAGAGUCAUGACCGUGCUAGAUGUUUCUACCUCUCCCGAAGAUACAAUGCUGACGAGGCGAACCAGCUUCUUUUUACUGAUGGCAAGAGUUUGAGGACAUUGGCAGCAGCAAUUUUAAACGGAUUCUUGACAGUAUUUAACAAAUUAACCGAAUAAGUCAAAAAUUAGCUAGCUAAAUCAGUUCCUGACUCUUGGAUUUAUUGAUACCAAAAAACUUUUGUAUGUGCAUAGAUACAUAUAUUUUAAUAAUCAUAAUAAAGCUUUUAGCUUUUCACAUAUCA